CUAUUUCUGUUAGAUUACCAGGAGAUGUAGUUUUUGCCUUAUAUUAUUUUUAGAAAAAUUAUGGCAUCCUAUUGCCUUUACCUGGCAUUUAUUUUUGCUGGCCUGUUUUCAUCUGGCCACUCACAAGAAGAUACUAUAGAAGCUGAAACACCACUUGGCAAGCUCUUGGGCCGUGUGAAUGCGUCAAUAGGUGGAAGAAACUACUAUUCUUUCACCGGAGUCCCUUUUGCAAUUGCUCCCUUGGAAGAACUUCGAUUCCAGCCACCUGUUCCAGUUGAACCUUGGCAGGGAGUUUAUGAUGCAACCCAAAUGCCUGCAAAAUGCAUCCAGCCCCUUCUCCUAGGGGCAGAUGCCACAGAGCCACUCAUAUUGGGUGUUGAAGAUUGCCUCAUCCUCAAUAUCUACAGUCCAAAGGAACCAAAUACAGGUGCCAACGAUCUACCAGUUCUUGUUUGGAUACAUGGUGGUGGAUAUACUAUGGGAGGCUCUGAGCCACUAAUAUACUCUCCGGGAUAUAUCAUGGAUCGUGACGUAGUUCUGGUUACCAUCAAUUAUCGGCUUGGUGCUCUUGGUUUCCUAUCGACUGAGGAUCCUGUGGCUCCAGGCAACUAUGGAAUGCUGGAUCAAGUGCUUGCAUUGCAAUUUGUGAGGGAUAACAUUGCACCUUUUGGAGGUAACCCAGAUAAAGUUACCAUCUUUGGAGAGAGUGCUGGUUCUGAGUCUGUUCAUCUGCUGAUGCUCUCACCACGAGCACAAGGGCUCUUUAGGUAUGCUAUAUCUCAAAGUGGAACAGCGAUUGCUCCAUGGACAAUAAAUGAGAAAUCCAAGGAGGAAGCAGAGACUUUGGCUCAAAUGGCUGGCUGCCCAACUGACUCCAGUGAAAACAUGCUCAGCUGUCUUCGAACUGUUGAUGCUGAGAUACUUGUUCUGUCCUCUUUUGGCUCCUGGGAAUUGGGUAGUUCAUCCUUGGCGUUUGCACCACGAGUAGAUGUAGAGGCUGGAGCCCCCUUCUUGCCUGCCAAUCCUCUGGAUAUUUUGCAAAGUGGAGACUAUACAGCCAUUCCUUGGAUGACUGGGGUUAACAGAGAAGAGGGCCUCUUACUUGUCUAUCCUGCUCUUCGGAAGAAGGAAUUGUUCACUGAAAUCGAUCAGAAGUGGAAUGAAGUUUAUUGUCCCCUUUUCCUUUACUUGGAAGGACCAGAAGUGAAGAAUGUGCGAGUCACAUGUGAAGCCAUUCGCAGUAAAUACUUCAAGGAGCUACCCAUUAACAUGGACUCCAUCAGCGACCUGAUACGGGUUAUGUCUGAUCGUUUGUUUUUCCUCUCGACUCUGAAAUCUGCCCAACUUCACUCAAGGAGAGCCCCAACUUACGUAUAUAAACUGGAGUAUGAGGGAAAGAUUGGGCUCAUGGACAUCCAAUUGGCUGAAGAUUUGGCUGAUGGGAUGCUAAAACCACAUGGAGUUUGUCACUUUGACGAGAUACCCUUUCUUUUCGACAUUCAGCUUUUCCCUCCAAUACAGGAUGGAUCUAACGAUGCGGUGGUCAGGAACCGCUUCCUAGAUCUUUGGAUGAAUUUCACUUACAACGGUUCUCCAACUCAGAAUCCACUCGAGAAUGAGCCCCACUGGUUCCCUUACACAGAAGCAGACGACAGGCAUUAUGUGAUUGAUGUGUACCCAAGACUGGCUCGGGACCUCGUUAAUUCUGACGUGAUCGAGUUCUGGGAAUCUCUCUUGACCCAGGAUGCACUUAUCAAGUAAGCAUUUCCAUCAAUUUUCUGACACAAUGCCACUUUUCAAAAAUGAUAUAGUCUGUUCUCUCCAACCUGGGAGUGAUUUUGAUAAGCAAUGGGAUCGCUCGGCAUGUCACUUUGAAGGAUGAGUAAUGGAACGAGAAGGGGAAAGACAGAUUUCCAGGGGCAGAGCUGUCUCAGUUGAGGCAUGCUGCCUGAGGUGUAGAAAAUGAUGAAAGUAUUUCUGUGUGACGAUUGCUGAAUUUAUCAAGACUAUAUGUCAGGGGAGUCUAACUGGAUUAAGUUGUGGGCCGGAUGGAACUCUUUGAGGGUGGUUGGGGGCCGCACUAAAAAAUCUUACACCAAAAAUUUUUAUGCGAACUCAACACUUUUCCAAAACCAACUAGUGAAGUUGGAUUCGUGGACCGGAUGAAAUGAACUAACGGGUCGGAUCCGGCCCGUGGACCCCAGUUUGACACCUUUGCUAUAGGUGAUCUCCUGUCCCCCCACAACCUUAACAGAUUAACGUCGCCACAGCAACUCGUUUCCCCUCAUCACUUGUUGUGAGUCGCCUAAGGGUAGAGAUCCGAUACUCUCAGGUUUCGCUGAACAGACAAUAGAAUGUCUGUGAUUAAAUGUUUCUGACAAAUGGACACGAAUUGGGAGGGUUUUCUAAGAAUACAUUGAUAAAAAGCGAAAUCAUUUUGUUGCAGAGAGGAGAAUUCAGAGACGGGUUUGUCGGUGAAAACAUACGAUGUUUAGAGCAGUUGUGCCAAAGCUGAUUUCCUCUUGACUCUGCUGUCUCUGAGAAUAAGGACUUCUGCACGGGAAAAGGUUUUUAUUUAUAGAUUAAAUGGUGGAGGGAAUUAGGAGAAGUUAAAUGUUUUAUGAGAGAGAACC